CGGAAGCUGUUCAGCGCGACACUGUGGACAGCACCAAAUUAACUGUGCCUAGGAAAUACGUAUAUUGAGAUCUUUGUUUUCAUCGGUGUCCUUUGAAAUAUUUGGCGCUGUAAGUGUGUGUGUGUGUGUGUGUGUGUGUGUGUGUGUGUGUGUGUGUGUGUGUGUGUGUGUGUGGUGUGUUCCGCAUUGACAGCCGGCGGUACGGAUACACCUCGACUGGCGCUUUGUGUUGCAGCUAGAAGCCACAUUGGAGUGAAAGGAGCUUUACGCAUGAACACAGAUCUGCUAUGAUCAUGAACACAGAUCUGCUAUGAUCAUGAACACAGAUCUGCUAUGAUCAUGAACACAGAUCUGCUAUGAUCAUGAACACAGAUCUGCUAUGAAAUCUUCGCGGUGACCGGAAUUCUGUCUGUUUUUGUGCCCUGGUGGCAAAACCAAAGCUAAAGCGAGUAAAGAUGAAGCAGCAUGGAGUGGGGGUUCUACUGACACUGUGGCUCUUUAUGGAGUGUAUAGAAGCAAAGAAGUACUGCUGGUAUUUUCAGGAAGGAUACCCCAGCUACUUCAUAUGCCGCUCGUACGAGGACUGUUGCGGGACUCGCUGCUGUGUCCGCGCUCUCUCCAUCCAGAGGCUCUGGUACUUCUGGCUGCUGCUGAUGAUGGGAGUGCUUUUCUGCUGUGGAGCUGGCUUUUUCAUUCGCCGACGUAUGUAUCCAUCUCCUCUGAGCGAAGAGCCCUCCUUUAACGUGUCAUUCACCAGACACCCUGUGAGCACACCAGUCUCUCAGCAGCCUGGCAUUCAGGGCUAUGGAGACCCCAGUACUGCUAUGACAAUGCCCCUGGCCCCUGCCUACCCAGGCCAGCCCAGCACAGCCCACAUGAUGAGCUCAUAUCCACCGCCACCCUCCUACUGCAACCAUCCUCCACCAUCUUACGACCAGGUCUUCAAGACCACAGAGAAGAAGUAGGUCCAGACGUUCACCUCGGCACAACACACUCCAGCAGAUCAGCGAUCUGAGCCAGGAUGACAACGCGAUUCUACCCAGAACCUCUGGUAGCCGACAGCUCAGUCUCGAGUAGCUUCAAGUGGCUUGUUUUUAUUUUGUGUGCUUGUUUUAGGAUACAGCAUUUUUUUUUUUGUCAUGUUCAUUGUUCAUCAUGUUAGAGGUGGACAGAUCUGCUUUUCUCUGACUGUAUAUUUAAUUAAAAGGAACAUAAAGGUUUUUAUGCCUGGAAGGACAUGCAGAACGUGAACUGCAUUAAAGGCACCGAGUGUUGGCAAAAGCUGGAUGCUGGAAAGAAGGUGUUAGUAAAUCGAACUGCGUCAUGUUUUUACUGUUGCUCAGUUUGUACAGAGGAAAAUGACAGUUUUCUUCAAAGGACAUCAACCAUUGCUAAGUCCACUGCACUGUCUGAGCAAUUUGAAAGCCUGGAGGCUUGGGACAGAAAACUCAGACAAUCUUGAGAAGGACUGCAGGAAGGACUUUGUUGUGUUUGAGCAAAGGUAACUCUGCAGACAGCAACGGUACUCAUGCUGAAGCAAAGUGCAAUGAUAAUGACAGUUCAUUCAUUCACCCUUGUAAUCCAUUAUACACCAGAGGCCACUGGCUGUUGUUAGUGAAGGUAUGAUCUUGAAUCAGCUUAAUAUUCAGAUAGCCUGACAGUGGUAUAACCAAUGAGAACAAGUCCAAGGUUAGUUUAUUCAUUAUACCCAGCAUGCAGUCAUUUCACUGCCAUACAUAGCGACAACCUGAGCACAAGCCACUAUAUUUUCAGCUGUAAGUGAUCCGAAAACAAUUUUCCAGAUGUAGUUAUUGGACUUUCCAUGUUACCCUUGAACAUGGAGGCAGACUGGUGAUCCUCUGUUCCAGUCUCCAAAAAAACAUGUAAAUGGACUGAGCGUUCAUUCAAAAGCACACUCUUGAUCAAUUAACAUAAGAAAUUACAGAAGUGCACAAUUAACUCCUAGAAUGAACUUUUAUACUUUUUAGCAAUUGAUAUCUUUAAUUUUGAAGAAAAGAAGUUGCAGACGACUUAAGCAGAAACUCAGCUCCAAUAUUACCAUAAAUAAUUGUUCUUGUCACAGCGAUGUCAGCGUUCUUUUACGAAAGGUUCAAUGAGGAAAUAACUUAGCCAAGAAAUUAGCAUUCGAUAGUGUGCAGCAAUUGCCUGGGAUUUAAAAAAAGCAUAGCACCAGGUUUAAUAUUAACACUUCACCUUAAUGACAACAUGCCUUGAAGCUCAAUGUCAUUCUUUUACUCAUGUAAAAGAAGCCGAAAAAAGUGUCAGGUAUUCUUGCAAAGAUUCGAGGGAUUUCAAUUGGUCUAGUUAAAGAACACUGUUCAGAAAUGAGUAGCAGAGAAUAGGAAAUAUUAGAAAAGGUUUUGGACAGGAUAACAUUUGCUUGUUUUUAUUUGUGUUGAUGUACAUUUCAAUGGCUGUUCUAUGCAAAGUGAAGAUGGGGUCAGUUAUAUGUACAACUUGCUUAGCUGUUGUAAUAGGUGUGUGUUGUAUCACUGUAUCAGACUUGGCAGAAAGACAUGCAAGUUACAGGUGUAAGUGCUAUUACAUGAAACAGUCAAAAUUUAGAUGAAACAUAAGAAUUUCUGUCCUUUAUCUAAAUAAGAUAAGAAGAUAAAGUUGUUCUCUGUCAUAUUGUAUCCAAUAAACUGUCAUUGACA